UAUAUAGAUAGAUUUUGUGUUAAAAGGUUCUAUUCAAUUUAUAAAAGGUAAUAAAAAGAUAUCAAAUAAAAAGAAAUACUGAAUGUAAAUCAGAGACAUGUCAUACCCACCAUCAUCAGGGCCUCCCCCCUACUACACACCAUAUCCUGUUCAACAACAUGCGUCCAGUACAUAUUAUGCGAACCCAGGCUCCGUCACUUAUGUACCGACCCCGGUUUACAUGCCCGUGUAUCCACCUCAAGUGACUGCCGUGCCUCAGCCUCACCAGCCACCAAACUCCACAUACGUCACAAACAUUUACCAGCAACCCACGCCGGAACCAGUUCGGGUUGUCGAACAUGCCGAAGAUAUUGAGUGGGUUUCCGCUUCGACGACCUCAUUUGAACAUCUUCGAGGAAAAGCGCUAGAGGUGGAUACGAAAAGGUAUUGGAUAGUAAGAGCACAUCAUGAGCGAGAAUUAAUCCCAGGAAAACUACUCCCUCAAAUAAAAAGUGCAAAUAUACCCUACGGUGGAAGAGAAGUGUCAGUACAUAAUUUUGAGGUAUUAUGCGCUAAAACUGGUGCUGUGCGCUGGCUCUCAAGUAGUGGCGGCAAGGUACCACCCGGUGCUAUCGCCGCAGGGUACACAGAGAGUGGCGAACCACUUUAUGUCGCCAAAGCAGACCAUAAAAAACCUGUA